CAUUCAUUCUCGUCGGCAGAUGGCGGAUGCAGUAGACGCCUUCCGUCAGUCGCGCAUAGACAACUCGUCGAGUACAGUGCUAUAUUCCGUUUCGCUCAGCACCAUUUUGUGUAUAACAUUUCGAACGGGACAUUGUGUGUAUGUGCUCCGUGAAUAAUUGUAAACCACGAACAAAGUGUACAACGUAGUUUAGUGUUUCACUUUCGACAUGCCCGCGGAGGGAUCGAUGCGAUAUCUCGGGCGCUCGUAGAAACCGCGCCUCCGUCAUGAGCGAGUGAUCGUCGACGUAAAAAAAGUUGACACAGGAAACAUGUCUGGGCGGACCGCCGACGCGGAUGCGAGCGAAGGGUUCGAGUUCGAAAUUCGAAAGCGGUCAUGUCAUCGCCUCUCGGAUUUCGUAUAAGUCACCGUCCAAUGUCAAAAUCGUGCACUCACCGCGAGCGGCGAGCGUCCGGAGCCAGCGGACAAUGCAGUCGUUGGUAGUGUGGUGGGCGGUGGUAUCGGCGGCCUGGGCGCUGGCGGGCGCCUGCUCCAGCUCCAUCUCCAAGCGGCCGGCGAGGCCGGCGCGCCCGCAGCGCCCGCCGCCGCAGCCGCAGCCGCAGCCGCGCCUGAAUGUCACCUUCCCCAUCUUUAAGUGCGAGCCUGAUUACUCGGAAUACUACUGUCUCAACGGCGGAAAGUGCUUCACCGUCGUCAUCUCGGACAGCCCCAUCUACAACUGUGAGUGUCAGAGUGGAUACGUGGGCCCGCGGUGCGAGUUCAAGGACCUGGACGACUCGUACAUGCUGACGAGCCGGCAGCUCAUGAUGGAGACGGCGUCGAUAGCGGGCGGCGCGACGGUGGCGGUGUUCCUCGCUAUUCUAGUCUGCUUCGGCGCGUGGGUGCGCCUGCACCGGCGAGGCAAGGCGCCGCUGUCGCCGGAGCGCGGGCUGGUGCAGCUGGUGGCGGUGGCGGCGCCGCGGGGCCGCGUGCAGCUGUGUGCGGCGCCCGCGCCCGCGCCCGCGCCUCCUCCGCGCUAGUGCCGUGCUUGUUCCUCGGACUCUGCCAGAGCGACCUGUUCAUACUGUAUCUUGUGUACAUAUAGUUAGAUUAUGUGUUAAGUUAUGUGGAGAGACCGGGAGAUAUAAAAUUUAUGUGAUAAUUAUUUUACGAAGCUCAUAAUUUAUUUUGAAGUAAUUUCUUUUGUAUAUACCGGAUCCGAGCCAUUCUGAAGUGUUGCGUUUGUCAAAUUUCAGUCCUUCCCUCGGUGUUUGUGAAAUGUAAUCUGUAUUAUUUUGUUCAUAUUCAGUGUAUUGGACUUGUGAGAUCAGUGACGACCAUGUACCUAAGGCUACUCGCUUCAAGUAGAGCUGUUAUGUUGUGUAUUGUUGGCACUAUAUCGCAGGAGGCAGGAGACUUGUCUCUCUGAUGUAAAUAACUUAUCUCAUUUUCUGUUUGUUGUAUUUAAAAUUCUUAUUGGAUUUGUAAUUGAAAAACUGAUAAAUGUAGUUUGGCAUAUUUGCAUCAUACGGACAAGUGUUUCCUGCGGGUGGGUGGGUGCCUCUGGUUCCACUGCAUGUUAUUGUUUUGUAAUGUAGCAAAUGUUUAGUAAGUGGGCUCACUGUAUGCCCCUGGUUAUCGUGCCUUGCAUUGCAAUCGGUCGGCCCAUUGCAAUGCAAACAUUGUAAUAAGAGGACUAUGUGUAUAUUGAGGGUCGGGAGCAUGUGCAGGCCUCAUGGCUCGGCCCAGCCGCAGGGCGUACUGUCUAGAUAGUUGUGAAUCAAUGUUAAUUGUAUUUAUAGUUCUAUAAAGAUAGAAUGUGAUGAAUUUGGAUGCUUUUGAGGCAGUAGCGAGUAGUGCAGUUCCUAUCACCGUAGCCCCGGGCGCGCAGCCCGCACAUUCCAUCGCGCGGAUAGAGUAUUUUACUGGUGUCAGUAUUAUUUUGUAAUACGAGUGUUAAGCCGGCAGCUUUACUUUAUUUUUUAAUUUAUACCUGAUAUCCCACUGGGAUAGCGCUGUAUUAUAUUCGUUUAAAGGCUGAGAUGUGCCCUUAAUGAGAAGGCUUCUUGUAAAUAUAGCCCGUGUAGGUAUUUAUUAGAUAUUUAUGAACAUUUAUUUAUUGACUGCUUUAUUUAGUUAAAACUCGAUGAUUGGCCGCAUCCAUUUCGCCUAAUAAUAAUUAUUAACGGCUGCAAUUAAACCUUGCUAAGCACGGCCUCGCCUAUCGUAUUCCCUAUUGUAAUCUCACUGUGAAUCUCGUUUAUUGUAAAAAUCGUAAAACAUUGGAUGGUGUAUAAAAUCACUCUUGCAGUGUCGGCUGCCGCUCCUUUCCUAGUUCUUACACGAAGUUCAUCGUUAACCUCUCACUAUCUAAUAAAGCAAUGUUUUACGGUCUUUCUCUCUAUCGUCAUGUAUUCUUAAAGCUGUGUUAAUAUUGUUAAUCGCUCCAGGCGGCUCACACUGUAGGGUGACACAAAAAAAUAGCAAAUUGUUUAUGGACUGCGUCCUCUCAUGUGCGUUUGGGGACUGAUAACUUGGAUUUGUUUUACUUUAGACCAUUCUCUACCAUUCCUAUGGCUAUUUCAUGUGUUUGACGUAUAAUGUGAUGUCGCCAGCUUCUCAGUUCCCAAAGCGAGAAACUUCAUCGAAUGAGUGUUGUGAGAGUCCUGUUGUAUCGAUUCAUAUGAGAUCGUUUAUAUGAACAUUCCAAAGUAUAUGUAAAAUAUUACCUACAUCGCUAAUAAUUUUGAAAUAUCUGUUAAGAUGCUACAUUGUUAAUUAUACAGUUUUCUAUUGAUCAUUUGUUAAAAGAAAAUUAUACGAAACUAAA